AUGAGUUAUAAUGUAUCGCAGUUUCAUAAUACGACGGAAUGGGACAUUCUCAUCCACGAAUUCAACCAGCAGUGGGCGGCCGAGCGCACACUCAACUACGUGUUUUGUGCCGUUAUGACCGUUCUGGCUGUGUUUGGCACAUUGGCUAACAUUGUGGUAUUGCUGUCCUUUGUCAUUCUCAAAGAACUCCACCAGAUCCAGUAUGCGUUCGUCGGCAAUUUGGCCGCUGCUGACCUCAUCAUCACAGCUUUCAUUAUUCCCGCCAACAUUGUCGGACCGCGUUUCUUCCGUGACAAUCCCUGGUUCUGCGAAAUGGACGGGACAAUCUGCGCUACGGCUUGUGCCGGCUCCGUGUGGUGCAUCAUGGCAAUCAGUGUAGAAAGGUACAUCUGUAUCUGCCAUUAUUCAUUGCAUAUCAAGCUCUUUACGGUACCCCGCACCAUCUUCAUUAUCCUUCUCCUCUGGAUGAUCGCCCAUCUAAUCCAUCUACCCAAUCUCAUCGGCUGGGGCGUGACUGCCUACUCCGAUGACCUUUAUCUCUGCACCACCGAACUGCACGUUUGGUCCUACUCCAUCUUCUUCGGCUCUUGGGCCAUCCUCAUCCCCAUUCUGAUCAGUUUCUACGCUUAUGUCCAGAUUUAUCUGCGCGUCCGGAACAGUCGGGCGGUCCGUCGGCGGGCCGUGGCGCCCUCCCGGUCAUCGGGAAAUUCGCAUCCUGGAUCCGUUCCCGAUCCAGCAGGGAGUUUCCGUACGGAGAUGGCGCUGCUGAAGGCGUUGUUCAACGUUUUUCUCAUCUUUCUGGUCUCGUGGAUUCUGAUUGGAUUCUUCUUCGUCGGGCGCGCCUGGAUUGCUUUUCCCAAGACGUACAAUUUUGUGGCGCUGGUGUUGUCGCACGGAAGUAGUGCGACGAAUUCGGCAAUCUAUUUCUGGAUGACGGAUACGCUGCAGAUUACACGACAGGGAUGUCGGAGAUUAUGGCGGGGAAUGUGGGCGGAGCCGGCGCUGCCUGCAAGCGGUUUCGGCAAAACGGGAAAUAGCCGGCAUACCGGUCAUUCCGCGUCGACAUAG